AUGGGCGGGAAAAAACGUGACCAUCUUCUUCUUCGACUGGUCUUGCUCGUGUGUUUCGAGUGGACUCAGGCAGUCAAGGUGGACAACCAACCGGCGUUUUCGACUGGUAAUUCGUUAGCUGUCAAAAUCCACAUUUGUCUGACUCUUUAUUGUGUAUUUUCAGCUGUUUCGCUUGUCGUUUUUGAUCCUUGGCCUUCUUUUUUAAUAGAACGCCUUAUCAGAAAAGUCGAUUGUACGAGCGAUCAUGUAGUAUCGCUGACAAGUUGAUCGAAGACACACAGUCAUUAAUAUGUAAAAAUCUGACUUCGUGUGCAUGCUGCUGUUUAAAUUGGAGCAUUCUGCGGUCGAUAACGCUGAUGUACGGUCAGAUUAUGGAAACGUGGACAGUUUCUAUGACUUACACCGAAGGAAUUUUCACGAUGCUUUUUCCACUGCGUGGAGCAUCCCAACUGCUUCAAAAGCAUUACAAUAAGAAAAUAUGAACGUCAACAGCUGUUUAUGCCACCUCCUCACUAAACUGUUUUCGACUGUGAUUUGAAGCCUAAAAAUCGUAGUCUUUCUUACUGUUCCUAGAUCUCUAAAUACUCAAGUACAAAUAACCACCAGCUAUCAACGGCACCUGUUGAAUCGCUUAAACUGAAGUGUUCACAGAUCUUCAUGUUGGUCUAGAGUAGGUAUUGGGCACCCAAUGUCCACUAAACGUCUUCUUCGUUCAUCAUUUGGGAAGACAUGGGUGAUUUUCGAACGCUCGCCUGCGUAUUCGGGUGGCAAAUGCGUCCAAUAGGAGACAGUUUACUCCACGCCACAUGCCUCGCUACGCCUCCCUGACGAAGUGAAGUUGGACCGCUUGAAAUGCACCCCCUCCCCACUAAUUGCCAUAAAUCACCCACCUUCCCUUACCCGUGCUAUGCAGCCGAUCUGAGUCCCCCUGUGCAUCCCAGGGUGUAGGGGCCCUGCCAGUCAAACGUGCGUCAGAGUUAGGCCCUGUCGACAACCACACCCCUAGCGAGCUGCUCGGCCCCGGUGACCACUGCUACCGAAUAGGGGCAAAUUAUGAUUGUGUUUUUAGUCGUUUUAGAACUACCACCCGGAGAUAAUACCCGUUCCUUUGUUUGCGUAUGCAGACGUGCACGCAUUCAGUCAGGUGUUUCAGGGGUUCCCUGACAAACGGGUGUGUACACAACUUGCCGCCUAAUACUUUGCAUCAGGCGGUCGACUCAUGGGGCUGCGGAAAUGCCGUCACGUUGCGCAUAUUUUUUGUGAUGGAUAAACCGGGCAAGGUGGUGGACUUUCUCCACGUGACUGCUGUUUUGUCUGAAAAGCGUGGCUACCAGCACGCCCGGUGUAGGUAGGGAGCGAGAAACACCGAGCGACAAAAUGCCUUUAGGCCACCAACAUGGAGAUCCCGCAGUCUGUAAGCUAGUCAGACAAAUCUCAUAAUUCUCCCGCCACAUUCGAUGGUAUUCCACUUUCAUAGACAGGGUCUUAAAGUGUCGCAGGAGUAUCAGGAAUUUUGGUAACAAACCCGCUUCUCGCUUCUGCAUAUAUCUCAUCAGCACAACCCUAAUUUUCGAAUCGAUGAUGUAGCGCCCGAAUUCAAGCAUGCAUAUUCAACUCCAUUUUUCAGUUUAUCUUGCCUAAUGCGAGCGAAUCGCGAUACCAAGCUAUUCAAAGUGCAAUCGGGCAGUGCAGUACAGUUCUAAAGAUUGCGACUACGCCAGACAAUGAAAACUCAUUUCCGCUCCGUAUGAUCACAAGGUACCACGGAGUGCAAAAUGUAUUUCCUUUUUCAAUGGACUAGUUCUAAUAUAAACACUUCAAACAUCAUGGCCUCAAAAAUGAAGCUUCUAACGAUCACUGUGAAAAAGCGUUGUAGUUUGUCCUAUGUAGUCCAUUUAGACCACAAUGCAUACCAACACUUAGACAGCAAUUCCCUCAACCACUGCUCCGACCAGUCCUUAUUUGCAUCAGUCCCGUUUCUCUUCUGCAAAAGUGGCUGGUAGUAAGGCGGAGUAACUUAAUUCAUUGCCAAAAGGAUGACAACACAACUGUUUUAGUCAGAUGGAUAGGAAAGGCUUAUUUAAUUUUUCAAAGCCAUCUGGGUUGCAUAUUUCAGCCACGUAUAUUCAUGCCGACUGUCGUAAUCAGAAUUCUAAUUUCCUUAUUCUUGUCAACCCACAGAAUAUGUGACUUGUCACCACUGUCUUAAGGGCUUUGGAAAGUUCUCUCAGAUAGGAUUCCUUUUUUAUGAGAGCCUGCUAUGCGGAUAAGAUUCAAAUUAUGUCCAGAAGACGUAUACUAGUUUAUUAAUUGGUAUUCCGGAAAGCAACAACCCUGAUGGCGAUUCGUGGCUUUUUAUUGGUGUUUUAACUUAACAAUCAGGGACAUAAUUGUUCCCAGCCACAUACGGAAUCCUCCGAACAGGCUCUAUGGUGAACGAUGUUUUCUAUUUGAGAGGUUAGCAUUCUAGUUUCCCUCUUUUUUUCGAAAAGAAUAAUUCGGUUUUGGACUUGAGUGGGUUCUGGUAGCUCCGUCCAGAUAGCACCUUCCAAGUCUAAAAGAUGGUUGAAGCAAUUGCUUUGUGGUCUACAAAAACACCAGUUAUGACAUAUAGACUACUCCAAACUAUGAUUGGAGAUUGGUGAAUUUCUCAGUUUUAUGGCCUAUCAUGACGUAAUGUGCCGCAUGCAAUUGUAGCGAGAAGCAGAUGAAACAUAGUGUUGUCAUAUGACGACUUUCACGAAUCUUUGCUUUACUAUGCCAGUAUACGACCAAUAAUGGUCGAGAUUUCUUGUUUAAUUGCCUCAUAUGAUUGCUGGCUAUUAUAUGUGAACUAAGAAUACUGGAUGUCUUUCCCUUGAAAUUUCCGCCAUUUAGUCGGCUAAUGGGAUGCAUUUUCAUUUCGAUGAUUUUAUUCGUCUUUAAAUUACAACUACGACGACACUUUUAACGGCAGGUUCGGGUCUGUCUUGGAAUUCAAAAACGAUAAGCUCAGAAUAUUUGGUCGAAUUAUUGAAUGGCCGCUUACUUCAUGACAACCAGAAGAUACUUCUUAUUCAACGCCUAUGCAGGCAUCAAGAGGGAUACAUGUUUAGGUUUCUAACGGGUCACUGUUUGAUAGAGGAGACUUAUCCGAACAUGACUGAAAGCUAGAAAAAGGUGGCUUAACAUUUAGCUCACAGCAGUGCUUGUAGAUUUUUCCGUCCAUUGAGGUGCUGGAUAGAUUUUGUGCACUUUUUCUCAAAAAGGCGCAUUCCAGGCACUUCGCGGCUUAUUUCACAGAAUAAUGUAAAUCAACAAUCAAUUUGACGUCAUUUCUUGAGUGGCUGAAUUAGAAGACACUCCAGCUGAUGCAAGAGGUUAGAUUGAUUCAAACGUCCUGUUUAAAUGCAUUUAUAUCAUGCCUUCUUGAAAAGUUAUUCGUCACCCUCUGAUCAACCUACGAUCGCUGAUAGGGCGACCAUCUGUGCGAGUCGUUGAAUAUUCAAGGACGCUUGGGGUUGUCCUGCGCUUAUUUUUGAUCUAAUGAAAGAUUGUUCAGCUUGCUAGGUUUAACGUUAUACUAGUGUUUAACCAUGGUAGAAGGGCGUUCACCGAUCGUUUCUACGGAACUUGAUCGUCCCGUUGUGCCUUAGAGCUCCCUCUCGAGUCUAACGAGCAGCCGCACAGCGGCGCAUGAUAUAGGCAGAAUGAUAUUACCGACAAAGACAAGGGAGACUGGAAUGGCCAUUUCUGGCUUAUUAGCCGUCGUCAGCCAGUCAUACCCAACCCCGAAGUGUGGCACACCCGAGGCUUGAACUCGCGACCUGUUGGUUUAUAAGUCCACGCCUCUAACCACUGAGUCACGAGCCCGUUGUCCUGGUGGUUGCGAUUGGGAAUAUUCAAUGUUAGAUCGGCUAGCGAUCGGUGAACGCCCCUCUACCACUGUAUAUUCCUGAUCGCAAACGACAGGACAACGGCCCCUGGCCCAGUGGUUAGAGGCUUUGAACUUCUAACUAACAGGUAGCGAGUUCGAGCCUCGACUGUUCCACACUUUGGGGCUGGGUAUGACUGGCUGGCCACGGCUAAUAAGCAAGAACUGGCCAUUCCAGUCUCCCUUGUCUUUGUCUGUAAGACAAUUCUUUUUAAACAUGCUUAUGCAGAAACAGAGCUUUUGCUCUUUCGCGUCCUAGGAGUUCGUUGAGGCCCAGAUGGAUCUAUAGUUCAAUAUUCCAGUCGUACUGAAGGACUCAUUCCUAAAACUUACUCGUAGAGUUGGUGGACAAUACACUACUAAGAAUAAAUUGAAAAACAUAUACCGCCUCGACAAUAGUUUCUGUCAGCUUCAACCUAAAACCACUGGGUCACCCUUCACGGUGAGAAGUUCGCUCCCCAAUAACCAAAUGUACUUGCUAUUAUGGCUUCUUAAUGUGAUUUCCGGGAGAUCCUGGUCCUUACUAUACUUACCAUUUAUUUUAAAACCAGUGUUUUGUUUUAUACGAACGGGAGAAUUUGGAAGUAUCAGAAUUUAGGUGAACCUCUGUGACACAGUAGACGUAGCAACCCGUAAAACAGGCUGUAGCUUGCGUGGUAUUAUCAUUUAAGUAAAAAGGUUGUCCUUUCGUAGAAAAUUGUUAGCAGCGAUGACACAUGAAACUGCACUUGCCACGAAGAGGGGGAACUAAAGGCCCGAUUAUUUUCCAUGUGUUCUCUACAGCGAAUUCGGCAACAGUAGCGAACGCCUUCAAAGACAGCAAUCGUUGAUCUUCAGUGUUUGCUUAGCCUGAUGCGCAUAGUCUCUUCUGCAGCGAAUUUCACACACCAGGGAGGUUGAUGGGGGCUCUUAGGACACUCUGAAUUUCCGCCAACCCCCCCCCCCCCGCCCCACUUCCACACACUCAUUCUGACGACAGCAGUAAAUCACCGACAAAUUACGGCUGCAGGCUUUCUGUCCAACCAAGCGCUAUCUGUCCUCCUUCUCACGACCGGGCCUGCGUGUGAAAUUUCACUAAAACACAGGCGAAGCAAACUGAAACAUAUAAAGCGCAUGAAGAUGCGGGUGCCACUGGAAAUACCUCAGUCGCUCUCCAGUCGGAAGAACACUUAAGCAUGCUCUUGGUGCAAGCAUGAGCAUUGACGAUGUCGUGCGAGACAGGUUAAAGACCUGAAAAGCAGAAGCAUUUCCAUCUAGAAGGCCUGGGUAACUUUGAGCACUUGCGCCUGCUGAAGCUAUCAUCUGUGUUGAUGACCUACCAUUUUUCACGUGCUAUAGGUGACCAGAGAGGCCUACUUUGAACACUUUCGCCGGCACAUAUGUGCGUGUAGUUUAGGCUCAUGUCGCGUGGGAAAUACGAAUACCAAUUUCAAUUCUUUGAAGUUGAUCCGUUAAAUAAUUCACUUCUUUCACGAGAAUAUUGCAAAUGCACUCACCGUCAUCCUAAAAGAGUUUUUUGUGUAUGUAGCUUGCGCAGGGUAUGGAGCUAGGGUUAGGUCUAGGAGCGAUUUCGGGUAUAAAGUUCGGGGUUAAGUGUGCGUUUAGCCAUACCGUUGCCAUUAGCAUUACGCAAUUAUCGCAGCAGAAUGUCCACUCCUUGCUGCAGGCGCGUGCCAGUUGGUGCAACUUCCUGGCAUAAACGUUUAGGUGCAAGAAUCGCAACUGUCUGUACUUACUUCGUCUGAGGACGGGUCGAUGCAUCAGGCAUGCAAAUCCAUGAGUAAACCCUGAUUUUCCUAAGAGGAUUCUGUUUUGAAUAAAUUUGACAUUAACACUAACGUCGGCCAUACCAUCUGGCUGUGCUUUUACAGUUAGGCCUUAGCAAUUUUGUUUAUACGAAAGCAUGCAAACCCUACUGGGGGAUUGCUCUGGAAGCGAUAAAAAGAGUUUCCGGUGGGAUUUAGAGGGCUGAACUCUUAUCGGACAUUUCGUGAAAAACCUUAUGAGUUUUUGGAGCAACUUCUCUUCACCGUGCGAAUGUCAAACCUUCACUUUUGUGUCAGUCUUCCUUAACAGUCUACUAGUUUUGUCCUAAAUAAAAACAACUUCUUUGCUUUCGGCCGUUUUUCUUACCUAUAAUAUUUCUUCACAUGGAGAAUAUAUGGCCAGGAAUUCCUCAAAAAGUGCGAGAACUUUUUGCAAGGCCAAAGUUUUCUUCCAGGUGUACGUUGAUGCGAUUGAUUUAUGCAGGGCCUAUCAAAAUGUAGUCUGCGAAUUUUUCACACCAUUCGGUGAGUUCACUUCCUACAGCUAACUUCGGCAACUUAUCGUUCGUAUUAAAUUGUAGUCUUUCUGAUGUUCUUGAUUAAUCAUGCUAUAUAUUUGUGCUCAGAACUGAAAUAGUUCGCUCCCAUUAUUCAUUAAAUCGAUGCAAUUCACUGAUGUCAUUUAGAGUUUCAAUGAUAAUUAUGCAAAAGGUACUCGUGCUAGUUGCCUGAAAAUGCUUUCGGUAUAAAACAUGCUUAUCUAGGUUGCUAAUUACAGAAGACUUCUGGUUGCAUACUGCUGCAAUUUGGCAUCAGGGUAACUAAAAUUUUGAGUUGAUGGAUAUUUGGACAUUUUUGAUAUUUCAGGCUUUUUGGUAGCUUGAGCAUCCUACGGAUAUUAGUUCUGUGUAUGCUAAUCCGUUCAGGUUUUUAUUUCUUUCCACCUUGGAUGUGGAUGCGUAUACUUUCCGUUUACGUUGAUAGUACCCCUCAUGUAGGUUUUGUCCGACUGCGAUCAUGUUCACGGUUUUUGUUAAAAGGGGACCCGUAGACAGAAAGUUAACCGACAGUAAUUACUCCGGAUGGUUUUACGCCCUGAGGCCCUAAUCUGCAUGUUUUGCGAAAAAAUAUCCACCCGUGUCAGAAAUGCGUCUAGGUACAGAUAUCAUUUUCCCGGUCGAUUCCUCACUCGCGUAAAAGACUCAAAAGAACCUGUUACUUGGCGCUUAUGACCGUUCAGAUGGCUUUGGCAUUUCGUGGGGAUGAUAAGAAGAAAGCAUCAGCUUGUCAUUUGUUUAUCCUAACCCUCAAAAAGACUAUAGCAUAGUUGUCAGAUCGCAACGGCUGUCCAGCGGUACGCAUGCAGUUGGCCCAACUUAGUGUACUAAAGGCAUUUUGCAUCGUCAAAAAGACAGGUCCUUUUUUACCAUGGCAGAGUUUGAGUUGAAAUGAAUAAUUCACAUUUUCAAAUCUUUUUUUUCUAGUUCCGUGUUCCUUGGCGUUAAUAUAGACGUCUGAUUUUAUGAAUACAUGCCCGGAUAGUUAGUGUGCUGAAAUAUUUUUUAACUGAUAUAACUAUUUAACGUUCAGAGGUUAUAAUUGUCCAGUUUGCUCAUUUAGGUUACUUCACUUUGGCCAGAAAACUAAAGUUACUCAGGUAUGUACUAGAGAUUGAUGCAUUCGUAGGAAUUUAUAGCUGUCAGGAUUAUGCAGCGAAGCUGGCCCAUAAAGACGUAAUUAAGACUUAGAGUACAUCUGCUAUCAACGGUGGUUAACGCUUUUCAGUAAGUUAAGCAAAACGUCAUCCAUCUGGACCAAUUGAAGGCGGAACUGCUGGUGUCAGAAUUUACAGCGUCUUGUGGGCUUUUACAUCGCGUCUCCGUACGUCUACAAAUUCGGACGUAUGCGUUUAAAAGAUCAAUCUUUAGAGCCUUGGGAGGCCAACUUCUAGCAUCAUGUUGACAGGCUAUAUGGCCGCAGCCGUGAGUCAAUUUUUACUUCACAUUUUGACAGCAGGCGCAUGUAAGGAGAGGAUUUUAUUGCUCCUUUCAGUGGCCUAUUUGCUGCUUGGUAGCCAAAAAAAAUUCAGGCGCUGAAACUUUCCCAUUCAGUAGAGCCUCAAUCAUGCCGUUUUGUGCUAUCUUCUUGUACCCACUGGUUUGACUUGAAGUGCGAAAACCGGGGUUCGAUUACUUGCCAGAUUAUGUGAUACUUGUGGGUUACAGGAUAGGAGGCCUGAAUUUUAUACGAUCGCGCAUCUCAAAAAUCAUAAAGUGCAUGCUGCUGAAGAGUAAAUCAACAAUUAAACUAUUCGGGCAUCCCUUCAAAGGUAAUGUAUGCAUUGUCUAGAUGAGCUUGAAAAACCGAUCAGUAUGGAUAAUUGCUGCAAAUGUAUGCCCAAAAGUCUAGUAUGCUCCACCUCGACUUUUCGUCUUAUUUGCCUUCUUGCCAAUUCACCUUUGAAAGUGGGCACGACUCAAGUAUUAGGAAAAAUGUGUAGUGGUUUAUAGGGACUCAGGGAUCGCAAUCGUGUUUUGAGAGUGCCCAGGAAUGUUUGAACAAAUUUUAAUAUGGAAGUAGCGACUUUUAAACGUCCUACUGAAAGAAUGGAUAUAUUCUCGGAUUCGGUAAAGUUCCUAAUGGUACAUUUUUUUGAGACGCCGGCGAUAUGUGUCACGCAUACAUAGUUCGCAUAGUUAGUUAUAACGACUUUUAAUCAACAGCUCGCACACCGCCGCGAGUAGUGUCGGGAAUUGCCCUCGAUGUUUGUUAGUUUUGCAACUCCAUAAUGGUCAAUUUCCGUGUCAUCAUUCAAAUACCCCUCAGAACACCUAUUUGUUACACAGGCAUCCAAGAUACACUUUUAGUUUGGUCACUUUGUUAUAGGUGUAUGGUGGAGUUAUGUUAAUACACACAAACUACAAGAUAUCGUAGAUGUCUCCAAACGGAUUAUAUUCUCCGUAUCAGCAUCUGCAUUCCAACCAUUAACAGAAUACCGUAAAAUGAAGCAUUGAACUUUACUCGAGUUUCUUGGUGUUUGCCCUUUAAAGUCAUAUUUUGCCUAAACCUAAUGCUUCCAAUUGUUAUUUUCCACAAAUCGCAAUAUACGCUUGCUGCUUUCAAAGCUAGCCUGAGUACUUCGUUUAUUUGUAUAAGCGCUGCACUGUGCACGCAUUUCUAUGAGAAACACGCGGGCCGUGAUCACAUAGAUUUCAUUUUUUUGUAAUUUCAUUCGGAGGUGUUGGUCGUUUUGGCAGUCGGUUACGGUGUAGGCUUCAGCUGAGUAUUCACAGAAUGAUAAUACGAAAUAACUCUGGUCUUCCCGGUUUUGCUUCACAAAUCCGGCAUAAAGCGGAAAAUGAAAACUUACUCGUCGGAAUUUGUAUCAUCUAGCUCUAAAUGGGUCAAUGGGGAACGCCCGCAUAAGGGAUUCUGACCCAAGUUUUAGGUGCCUCAAAAGUAAUGUGUGAUCUCAGGAAAAAUUAUUCGAAACGUCUUCUAAGGUUCGGUACGCAACCUGCUAUUAGUAUUUCGGCUGAAGUCUCUCAGCAUCAGUCGAACACCGGCGCAGUAUUCGCAUUCGGUCUACAGUUUGUAGGUAGUACAUAGAAAUGACGCAUUUUCCGCAAACGCCGGAUGGUUACCGUAGAGCCGGUGUUUCCCUUGCUGAGUCUGAAUGCAUACUGUGACUCCACACAGCAUCAGUGUUUGUCAGUUUUUGUCAUGUUGGUUAUAUGGUGCCCAGCAGAACUUGCCUCAGUCUUUUCUCGGGCAUUAUUUUCCUCCAUUAUCAACCCCAUUGUGAGUGAAUGAAUUCACCGUUGUUCUCACAGCUUAGGUCACCGCCAUCACCUAGGCACAUAGGUUCUUUGAAGGUUACAUAAACGUGACAAAAAAAUUUUGAGAAACCCAACACAAUUCAUGCCGAUCCAACUGUUAAAAACUCGGCGCCUCGGCGUGAUUCGAACUCACGCAGUAAGUGGAAGGCAUUAGUGCAGCUAACGCUCUAACCGCUUGAGCUACGAGGCCCCGCCGGAAGAUGCGAGUUUAAUCACAUUUGGGUCAAGUUCGUCCGGCGAGGACUCGUAGCUCAAGUGGUUAGAGCGUUGGCUGUACUAAAGCCUUCCUCUUACUGCGUGGGUUCGAGUUUUUCACAGUUGGGCCAAUAUGAAGUAUUCAAAAUUGGUUAUAACAUCUACGAAGAAACCCAGCAUAAUUCAUUAGGAAUUUUGGGGCAGUCCCGCAGUACUACUAUCAGCAGCGUUUGAGUGUCCAAUAAUUUUUCUCGAUAUAGUCGCAUGUCACGGGGGCGCGCCUAUGCAAGAAUUCUUUCUACAAGAGGCGCAAGAAAAUUCUGUUACUAUCCGCUCUAUUGCCAACCUGUGAAAAGGAAAAAUUGCAGGUUUUUUCAAUCAUCCUGGAAUUUUCGCAUGAACGACCGACCGUCAGUUCCGCAAAGGGCAAUUUCUUACUUUUACCUGUCUAACGCCUAGACUAAGUAAAUGUCAUGUAGUACCCAAUCUCCCAAUGAUCUUAUGUAAACGACUCCUACGCUAACAGUUUUAAUGGGGAGCCUUUCCUGUUCUAACUCUCCACUGAUCGAUGGUCAGAAGAUGCUUAUUCGGUCAAAAGCCUAUGGACUCCUCCUUGGAUUCCAGUUCUGGCACAACUUUUCAUUUAACGAAUUUUUCACCAAUGACCUCUCUGAGUCAGUGGAAUGUGCUCUGAGACAAAGAUUAACAGAAAAUUUCAUUUUAAGGAAAAAGGUGACGACUGGAUUUACGAUCUCGCAUACAGUCAGGCAACCUCAAGUGCCAUGUUAGUCGUCCAGUGGAAGUUCACAUAUAUAAGCGCGCCAUCAGCGUUCAGGUUAAUACGCCAGUUUGAACAGAGCACCGCCGAUAAGGGAGGUUAAGCGGCAGACAGAUUUGUGAUAACCGAAGAAGAAAAAAAUAAGCCGCCUGUUGAAAAUAAGCGGAUAGCCACACGCAAGCGGACCAGGAAAUGGCUGAGUCGCAGACAAUGGCGGAACACUGCGGCAGGUGGGCACCGUGAAUACUAAGGCGACUAGGCGCCGAAAAAGAGCGUGUCGGCGCGUUUUCACAGGCGGGAAUGGAACCCAGCCACCCCCUGUCGCGUAUGCGCAUUCCUUCUGUAAUUGGUCAACUUUCAAAGCCCAACCAUAACUUGCCUUACGAGGUGGGAGCCACGCCCUGAUCGCCAGGAGCACUCCAAUUGGUCAACUUUAAAACUGCCUACCGCUGAUUAUGCUUAUGAGUCAGGUAAACCCGGGGGCCACACCGUGCGCAAUGAUGAUUGUUGUCGUCUUUCUACCCACGCGCUGCGCAUACCCACACGAAGAAGUUUAGUUGGGAAAUGCGCAUUGUUAGCGUCCCCGUGGAAUAAACUGACGCAGCAGGAGCCUUUACCUUGCACCUGUCGCAGGCUUUAAUCUUUGGCCAAACGGCAUGGUACCCCGGCACCAAUUGAAUUUUAUCUUUGAACAUUUAAUGCUCGUUUUUGAAGGUUGGUUAAAUUUAAUCAACCUGUCUGCUUGUAGUCUGCAAAUUACAGAACUCGGCGACAGUAAAUAGCAACGUACCCAAGUGGUGUAGGGUUUCGAGAGAAUUCUCCCUCUUGGUGUUAAGCUCUGUGCUGUUCCUCACAGCUCCUUUGGCUUUUGUCGAUUUACUUAGUAUAUUCAGGGAUUCGUGUGAUGCGGCUUGAACUCGGGGAAUCAGGUGUGCGUUUCAUCAAUUAGAAUUCGCUGUGCACUAAAUUACCCCGGAACGAAGGCAGCAUCGAACCCUAGUUGUUUUUGCGGAGUGCAGGAAGACUACCUUCAUUCGUAGAGAUGAAAACUCGGUGGUCGUGCCCAUCCGUUGAAAAGAGGGAACGUAACAGUUUUACUUCCCUGGGUUUGCACUUUCCCUGUAUUCCUCAUAUGUCAUCGCGCUCCAUCAAGAACAAAAUAAUCGGAACUGUUUGAAAGACGUUACGAGUUAGCCAGCUAACAACGUCAACUAAUAUGAGCAUAACCAUUUCGGUCUUCCGAAUUCUAGUCCCCUGUGUAACCAGUUCAGUGCAGUCGAGUGUGAGUGUUCCCGACAUCGCGUGCAAGUUUCAACAGAAGCACCCAUACUUAUUACUACAAUCUGAGUAACAUCUCGGACAUCUUUAUAAAAAUAUUCGUGACAAGAUCUAACAGAAUGUGAGCUGAGAAGAUGGAGGCGUGGUUGGGUGUAUAAAGGCCUAUAUUCGUCUUUCGACUUGAAUUCACACUCGCACCUGUAUUCAGGUAAUGACAACGGAGGCGUUAGAUGAUGGGGUGACGUAUUCAUUGCAACGACACGAAACCUCUGAGGUCAUUCGUCGAAUCUGAUGGACUUUUCCACAGAGGAAUUAAAAGGGAAAACACGGAUGAUUAAACAAGGCUCGGAUAACCGAAAAUGUAUCUGCAGUGAAGGAGGAAAUUAUACCAGAUUCCAAACCUUAACUCUAACCACGAGAGCAGGACGCGGUUUUCAGCCCAAAGUGACCGCCAGUUUCAUGAGACCUGACGCUCGCCUGAGUCGCUGUUUUCUUAAGUUAUGGCUCUCCAAACCCCCAGUCCAUCCACAAUCACAAUGACGGCCCCACAUAUACUGUUCUGAGACAUUCCCAGGAAUGAGCGGGUUCUGACAGACGCUGUUUACGGCGCCCGUAUAGGGGAAAGAAAUUGCCGAGGAAUUAUCACAUCAAAAAACAACACGAGCGAAAUGUUGGCUCUGAUGAUUGGCUCAAAUUAGAAUUAAAAAUAUCAGGCAAAUAAAAUUUUUUCUUCCGUCACCCCUCCUCUUUUAUCUGCUACCUGAAACUACCAUUCUUGUUUUUGCCGAAAAAUUACGAGCUUUUGUCCCAAUCAGUGGAAGUUCCGGCCGAAUGACUAACUGUUUCCUCAUUAAAGCCUCUGAACUCUCUGGAUGUGGUUUUAGUAUGACUGGCAAAAGACAAUAAUCGGGCGAGAGGUGAACAUCCAGUAGUCCUUGGCCAUCUCAGCCGGUUGCAUUUGCCACAGUUUUCUGCAAGAGCUUUCCGCACAGGGCACUAAUUUUCGCAUGAGAGUGACAUCAAAAGGGACUGAGAAUGCUGCAUUUGGGUAAGCCGGACAGUAAUUAGCCGGUUAUUCCCCAGCUUCAACCCGAGUCCAUUUAUUCGUGAGAUUGCAGACAAAUGUUCGGUCGUAUGCGUCGAGAGUCUAUACAUUGUAAUCCGCCGUCAGGAAUAUUCACUCUCACACAAUGGCUGUUCAUGAAACAUCAUGUAUCUGCAUUUACGAAUGUGGCUUGUAAAGUUAACAAUAUUGCCCAAAUCCACUGCUUAAUUUUAUGAACCUCAUAUGGUCUCCUCUUAACACCGUAGAGAAAUGCAUGGUUUUCCGUACACGGAAAAUACGCAGCUUGUAGUUCUGAAACCCUGAAUGCAAGUGUAACAGCAGCUCGGGUUCAAAAUCAUUCGGGAAUUAGAAAAGUUUUUUAAAACCGAAUUAUACUCUUCUUUUGAGUAUGAAAUUGGAAGAAGACGUGAUUUUCUACCGAAUAAGUAAAAGAAUGAAUAUUUUUAUGCAUGUUUUCCAUGAAAUAUAAUUGAAUUUUCAAGGGCGUCGAAAAUAAACGAGAAAAUUGCAUGCUACUUAAGUAGUCAUUUUUGCAUAGUAUCGAUCUUGCAUGCAGCCAAAAAUAAGUUCUUUCCAAUGCCGACACCCUGAGGCAACUGAAUCAUUAUAGAUUUAUGUUGCAUCAUGAUUAGUUUUACAACACCACUUAAUUUAUCUUUUCGAAACGAGAACGCAUUUCGAAAUUUUGGUUGACAUUUCAUGAGUUAGCACAUCUACUGUAUGGCCUUCGCUGACAUAUAUACUUUGGAGGACUAACUAGGCAUGAGUCUAUUUGACUCUGAGUGUAGUCCACAGUUCUCGUAGGUUUUCCAUCAGAACAUGCAUACACGCCUUGGGAUGGUUUACGGAAACACUGGACAAUGGAAUAUUGACUGCCUUGUGACGUCACAACCGCGGCGCUGUUUACGUUUGUUCCCGUUUCUCGUGCACUGUGUAUACAGCCCCUGCUUUGUAGUAUGAAGUUUCGUAGGAGAGUGGAAACUUUGUCGGUUGUAGGAUUGAAAGCACACACACACACUGUCAAACCUUGUAGCAUUCAGGUAUGUUAUGGUUCAUUAAAGUGUCAUUUGUCACAUGGCAUUCCCUUCUGGUUCUUGUGAUUGGAAGAAAAACUCGUUUGGUUGCGAUACUAUUGAAAAUAAAAUGUUUUGAUUGAUGGCAUUCGUCAUGACAUGGGCGGCGCCUCCUGAUUUUUGCGAAGCAUUUUCCAUAAUGCGGCAGAUGGCAUGAUGCGUCUUGAGGCCUUUCCUAGAUUUUAUCGAUAAUUUUCUAUCGUACGUUAAUUAAGCGGCUGAUAAUUUUUCAAGAAAAAUUUCACUGCAGUGUGCACUCCGAAAUUACUUAAACUCCCGGAUUAAAUAUUACUCUAUCGAUUUAGGACGUUUUCAGUCCGCUUCGCAGAUGCGUAUCUCAGAAUUUUUCAUUUUUCCGAACUGCGGUUGCUACAAAUAGAAAAGCCGAUAUCUCCUUACUUCCGAUGCCCUCUACCAUCAGUCCUGCUUUGUUUACCGACUCAAUGAGACUCACAGAUAUAGCGUCUUUUAUAGUGUUUGUACCCACUUACUUCUGAACAUCAAAAAGUCGAUUUCCAUAACCCUUUGUCAAACAAUAGUGCUGGCUUCAAAUAUUCGGACUACUGGACCCACUUAUUAAUUGGAAUUACUGGAGGAUUUACGGGCAAAAGGAACUGUUUAUCACCCAUUUCUCGUCUAUAAUCCAGCUCUCGAAUAACCAGACAAAGUUUGGCGUGAAGCUCCUAACCAAAAGGUUUUCACUAACAAUUGACUUCACUUGAAGCUUUUUUACCCUUCUGGAUAAAACAAGCGGGCGAGAGAUAGCAAUGGUCAAGCAAAGACAAAGGAUUUAAAAGCGGGCUUGAUUUUGCCUUUUAAACGCGACAUUCACCCUGAACCUCUUGCCGACAGCCGUCUACGCCAAGACAGCCUUGUUAUCCAGCCCUGUUAAUUUGGCUUGUCACGAAGGUCCUCCUUUGUCCCGCACUAAAGACCAGAAUAGACACACACACACACAGAACGUCCUUGCAUCCCGCUGGUAGAAGAGGGACCCAAACGUAUUCCCCAACCCGCCUCACUCCAACCAACUUUUCCCGCCCUCCCACGUAGAUGUGGAAGUAGAGGGGCAGGGCUGAGAGCGCAGCUAACAGUCGAUAGGAACAAAGUAGCAACAGUGGCAGUACCCGCAGUCUGUUGUAGACGCAGUUAUUCCAAGGUAAUGCCUCAAGAAACACUCGGUUGCCCUGUUUCCUGAAUGUGGAGACUGAAUCCUUAUCGGGUCAUGUAGGCGGUCCCUGGACUUCCCUUUUUGUAUCCGAAUAUACCGUAGAUCGUUCUCGCAACCAAGGCAACGCCUGUCCGUUCGGUCCAGAGAGCCCCUACAGCCCGGGUGGCGCAGGCAACUACCUGCGGUCGAUUUUUUUAAAGGGGCUAAACGUGGUAUUUUUUUUAAAGUAUGGUUUGGCCAGUUAGAGGAGUGCAGAAAUACAGUGAACGGAUAUAUCUGAGGGAAGAGUGAUUUCAUGGAAUAGAACUCAGAGAUUUAGCAAUAAGGACGAGAUCGGUUGGAAAAACUGGAAAUUGCAAACUGGAGACGCGAUUGUAGGCAGAAACUUGUGCAAAUCAUUGCGAAUGCACAAGACCACGGGGGAAGCUCAUAGUGGAUGAAUUUGGUCAGUAACAAUGAUACCGACACCCCAUGGUCUAUGAAAAUAUCUACGUUUUCUGAAACCAAUAGCACAUGGAAAUAGAAACUUCAUGUACUACAGGUGGCCUUGCGUUAACGUCCUGGGAGAUUGCGGCCAUGAUUAGUAUUGUGCUUAGAGUUAAAUUGAGAGCCCUGUUCAGAGCUAAUUUACGGUUCAGGUCAGGGUUCCUUUUGAGGUUAUAGUAAGGGUAAGGUAAGGACAAGGAAAAAUUUGCUCCUCAUGGAAAUUGCCGUAAAGUUACCUGUAAUAGGGGAAGUUUUCCUUUUCGUAUCUCACACUGAAGUUUACUAACCGUGGGUUUUGAAAAUGCCAACAACGACUGGUCUUGGCCAGGUGCAGUAAUAACUUAAAUAUGAUCUCCUUGAGACCAUGACAGUCCAGUAAAAAGCAGUGAAGAAGUGCUAAGGGCUUCACUCUCACGCGCUUACCUAUAAAAAGGCAAGUGAGUCGGUUAGGCCCUGUUACGGAAAGUGCGGGUGGGAAAGACAAUGUGAUUAUUAAGUUCACCUUUCUGGGCAUUGUUAUAGUCCCCUUAGUUAGCGAUGUACAACUGUUCCCCGAACGCGAUUUCAAAUUGGCGGUCUGAUACUUGUCAAAGCAACUGUAGGCGCCCGAACUCUACUGCCUGCGGGGUCCCCGAAACUUGUGCCUCGAUUCAAAAUAUCACACUAUUUUCGUUUAUUUCUAUUCUAUACUGUGCAUCCUGUAAGACAAAUAUAUGCACGUGUCAGUGCUCGUCUUUAGGUCGCGACAGCUUUGUCCGAUCUAAACGCUGAAGUAGCAUAUAUAGGCUAGCUCACAGAGGGGUGUACAUUUUUGUUCGUCUUCCGUUUGAACUUUGGCAGUAUCGAGUCUGGAUCGUAUGAUUUUGGCGACCCAAAAUGUGAUCGUCAAAACAGCCGAGUUGUAACUUCUUCGUAUGGCUCGAAAGCAAGUACUGACGAGAACAGUUUUCUGUAUCGUAAAUCUCCUACUGCCGAACUGAAGUGAUUCAAAGUGCCUGCGGCGCUCAGAAUCGCGGCAUAUGUCUGGAUCACACAAAAGAAAGUACAUUUCAAGUACCCGUUGCAUUCCCAAGAAGCAGUAGACCGCUGCAGUGAAGUGCUGGCCACCAGAAACCUGAGCAAAUUUGUUGGCUAUCAAGACAUCUCCGCUCGCGCUUAAUCCGUCCGAGAUUGGGGUGAUAAACAAAAGGAAAGUGACCUUUUUACUUGAAGGUAAAUUCGAUAUUUGUACUCUAAAAAUACCCUUCCGAUCGUCAAGUGUUCUAUACUUAUUGAAAAUGUACAAUGCCUUCAAAGUAAAACGCACGACGGUGCCAAAAACUCAAUAUAUAUCUGCGCGAAUUUGCGCAUGGCUUAAGCGAAAUUUCCAAUAACUAUUAAGGCGAAACAGGUUUCACGAUGUGUCAUCAGGGUUUUCUAUUCUUCAGUCUGUGUUUACUACUGUAAAGUGGCCUCGAGGUUUCGGUCUACGCGGCAGCCUACCUAUAGCGACUUUCAUCCUCCCAAACAAAGCAACCGGACCCUCUAGGCAAAGGGUGAUUCAACAUCGUGUUAGCGUUACAUGCCCCCGGCAAAUUUUUUGAUCAAUAUGAGCACCGUAAGCUUACAGUACCGAUGCGGGGUCUGUUCACUGGCGCUCCAUGAACAUAGAGAUGCCGCCCGCCUGUUGAGGAAACCGCGUCGCUACGUAUUCACCGCCUGUGUAGUUCGCACACAAACACUGGCGUUGCGUGCCGGUGGUCAGUCCAAAGUCCCACUAACAGCACGACGGAGAGCUUUAGUUUUUUUCAAUUUGGUCGGAUUUCCUCGUGGUUUGUCCCCCAUUCUUUGUGGUUGACUCUUGUUGCGACAAAUGUUUCACACCCCCCCCGCGGCUUCCUCUCUGGGUCUUGACUCACUCCUUUCAGAGAGAAAAGACUCCAAUUUUUUAGCAAGCGCAGUUAUUAAUAACUCUGUAAAUAACCUUCUGCUUGUGUCAAAAACAGGAACCAAUGACAUAUGGUUGAGAUUUCUACGACUAUUUCUGAAGGAAGAAUAGCAGGCUUGCAAAGCACAGGGAAAACUUGCUAAAUGCGAGUGAUAAUUGUAGUACGACUGUGUCAUUUGCAGGAUGUCUGCGGUUCUACACUGCAGUGCUUACGUUAGAUAAUUCCGUGACUCAAGCCCACACAGUUGACGGUUGUGGUUUAAGUCGCAAUCCUGCUCUCUCUCCCAGUAGUCUUCUAACGAUCGUGGACUGGGUGUUUUUGCGACUGUCGAGUACCUUGCAGCCUCCUCGGCUGAAAACAAGUGGGGUAUAUUUUAUCCUAAUAAGCAGACAAUGUGUAAUGUUAGAAAUUGGUGCUAUGACUACAUACGGAUGAGGCAACUGAUAAAUUGCUGAACUCGGGGUGUAUGUAUCGAGUUUUUAUUUUUUAAUUGUGAGCUAGGUAUAAUAAAAGACAAUCGAAAGUCGUAUUCGCCCCAAAUGUAGUUGACACUCUUUGAAAAUCCGUAGACCGAAAGGCGGUUGAAACGGAUCCUGCUCUUCGGAGUCUUCGCUUCCAAAACUCCCAGUGUACAACGUGGCACAGACUUCCGCCUCCAUGGAAAAGGUGCACAACACGCAAUUGA